GCAUCAGUUUACUUACCGCAGCGUCAGAGCACGGUCGCGCCGCUCGACGCUACGUACGGACGAUAUUUCAGUAAAACACGCUUAUCACUAACGUGUUUCAGCAACAACACUCGGACUCUGAAAAUUUUACAAAAUCACCAAAUGAAUAAAAGAAGACUUUGUGUAUUAGUUUUAGUGAAAAUACUUGACUUUUCGUAAAAGUGGACUGUUUACGUGAUUUUUGUUUACAUCUCCAAGGAUACAUUAGAAAGCUGUGAAUUAAUAUACCACAUAAUGUGUGUUGGUAUAACAAGGACUUUUUGUUAAAUUAACACUGAAAUAGACUUUAUAAAUUGAUGGAUACUUCACAUCCGGCAAGGGGUCGAAACACACGAACACCGGCGGAAAAAACAUGACACUGAGCCUAUCGUGUCUUGUUUUCUUUCUUCCUUGAUAUUUGAUUUACCUCAUAAUGGCUCUUCAGAGAAGUUCUUCAAGAAAACAAGCCUUCAGCCAAAUUUUAUUUUGGUUCGUCGUUGGACUUAAUGUUGCCGAUCAGAGCUCAUUACCGCUCAAAUAUGAAGCUCCAGAUGAUUGCCAGUGGUGGUUACGAGGCCCGAACAACUCCCACGAAGUUUCCCUCACAUGUAAGCUUCGUACAAUUAACAGCGAAUUUGACACAACAAACUUCAGUGUCAUCCCUUCAGAACAUACAACGUCACUUAGAAUAGAAUGUAAUGAAGAAAUGAUGUACAAGAGCUCAUUAGACGACCGAAGUUUCGCCCAUUUAAUAAAACUACGUGAACUUGUUUUGGAUAACUGUAAAAUUGGAAGAUGGCCGCCUGGUGUACUUUCGGGUUUAAGAGAUCUUCGAAAUUUAACGAUCCGAACGAAAAAUACGGAGUGGGCCGCUAUGAGCCUAGAGAUAGCAUCAGAAAGCUUUGCGGCGGUUCGGCAGUUAGAGAAGUUGGAUCUGAGUUUUAACAACAUUUGGUCGUUCCCUGAAAAUUUGUUUUGCCCUCUGACGAACUUAGUGUACUUAAAUGUCUCGUCUAACCGACUGCUGGACGUGAGCGAUCUGGGAUUCCGGGAACACGCAGUGCACCAGGCUCUUAUAAGCGAACAAGAUGGACCAGUCCCUUCGUCAUCCCUACCUCAUGCUUCGUGUUCCUUAGAUAUUGAAGUCCUGGAUGCUUCAAACAACCGUUUUGUGUUAAUGCCUGAAAAUGGCUUCAUGUCUUUGAGGAGAUUAAAAGAAUUGCAUAUUCACGAUAAUGAAAUAUCUAUGGUGUCAGAAAAAGCUCUAUCAGGCUUAAAACAACUACAGAUAAUAGAUCUUUCGAAUAAUAAAAUUGUCGCCCUACCACAGGACUUAUUUAAGGAUUGUAAGACGGUAAUUAAAGAAAUUUACCUGCAAAACAAUUCCAUAAGUGUAUUAUCACCGAAUCUCUUUGCCAACUUGGACCAAUUGUUGGCAUUAGACCUGUCAAAUAAUCAUCUAACGAGUACUUGGGUCACAGAAAACACAUUUAGGGGUCUUAUAAGAAUGGUCCUGUUGAACUUAUCGAAUAACCGAUUGACCAAACUAGACCCGAAGAUAUUCAAGGAUUUAUAUACACUACAAAUAUUAAAUGUUCAACACAAUUCUCUGGAAAAUAUUGCUGCCGAUACAUUUGCACCCAUGAACAACCUACAUACGCUUAUUUUGUCAUACAAUAAAAUAACACAUAUCGAUGCCUAUGCCUUAAAUGGUCUCUACGUAUUGUCGUUGCUAUCUAUCGAUAAUAAUCAUCUCGAAGAAAUCCACCCUGAAGCAUUUAGAAAUACAUCCUCCCUGCAAGAUUUAAAUUUAAAUGGAAAUCGAUUAAAGAAAGUACCCAUAGCGCUAAGAAACAUGAGAUUAUUGCGAACAUUGGAUCUAGGAGAAAAUCAGAUAACAUUGCUUGAAGAGCCCGGCUUUGUCGGUUUGCAUAACGUAUAUGGACUGCGACUUAUCGGAAAUAAAAUAGAAAACAUAAGCAAAGACGUGUUUUCUGAUUUACCUUCGUUGCAAAUAUUGAAUUUAGCUCGAAAUAAGUUGAAGAAAAUCGACAUCAAUGCGUUUGAUACCCUUACUAAUUUACAAGCUAUUAGAUUGGACGCUAAUCAGCUCACUGAUAUCCAAGGUCUAUUUGCAAACAUCCCCUCUCUGUUGUGGUUAAACGUGUCAGAUAACCAAGUAGAAUGGUUUGAUUACGCUUUUAUACCGACGGGACUUCAAUGGCUGGACCUACAUAGCAACAACAUCAAAGAAUUGGGCAAUAACUACCGUUUGAAUAAAGAGCUACGCCUGCAGACAUUAGACGCGAGCUUCAAUAAAAUGACAAAAAUAUCUACCUUUUCCAUCCCCGAUAGCGUGGAACUUCUGUUCUUAAAUGAUAAUCAAAUUACACAAGUUGAAGCUCAAACUUUUGUUGGAAAAACCAAUUUAACGAGAGUCGAUUUGUAUGCUAAUCAGAUAACUAGUAUGGAUCUCAAUGCGCUUCGUCUAACUCCGGUCGAUCCAGGUCGCCCUCUGCCCGAGUUUUACAUUGGCGGAAAUCCUUUUCAGUGUGAUUGUACAAUGGAGUGGUUACAACGAAUUAAUAAACUCGAUCACCUCAGACAACACCCUAGGGUAAUGGACCUAGAGAGCAUAUACUGCAAGUUGUUAUAUAACAGGGAAAGGACCUAUAUUCCGCUUAUCGAGGCGGAAUCUUCCCAGUUUUUGUGUACAUAUAAAACUCAUUGUUUUACGUUGUGUCAUUGUUGUGAUUUUGACGCUUGUGAUUGUGAAAUGACGUGCCCAUCGAACUGUACAUGUUAUCAUGACCAACCGUGGUCGGCAAAUAUUGUGGACUGUUCGGCUGCUGGGUACGCGGAAAUACCUAGCAGCAUACCUAUGGACGCUACUCAACUAUAUCUAGACGGUAACAACUUUGGUGGUUUAGCAAGUCACGCUUUUAUAGGUCGUAAAAACUUAGAUAUAUUAUACGCUAAUAAUUCAAAUAUUGACGCUCUGUAUAAUAAUACAUUUAGUGGACUAAAACGCUUAAAAGUUUUGCAUCUAGAAAAAAAUAAUAUAAAAGAGCUGCUCGGCUUUGAAUUGUCGCCCCUGGAGAAUUUACGAGAGCUACAUCUACAAGACAAUAAAAUACACUAUAUCGAUAAUCGGACCUUCAUAGAGCUAAGACGUUUAGAAGUGCUACGUUUGGAAGGGAAUAACAUUUACGGCUUUGCGGUGUGGCAGUUUACAGUGAACCCAUAUUUGGUAGAGAUAAGCCUGUCUCGAAACCCAUGGUCGUGCGAUUGUCAAUACUUGAACAAGUUCAGAAAUUGGUUUAAAAAUAACUUUGGAAAAGUGGAAGACGCUAACAAAAUCACAUGUGUAUUCGAUAAUGUAACCAACACCGUCGGCCCUCUCAUGGCUGAUUUCAAUUCCACUAUUUGCACAAGCCACGUCGGCGGCAGCUCCUCAAUUAUUGAAAAUCAAGUUAUAAAUGAUUACCUACCACUGCUUCUGAUAUCUCUAUGCAUAUUUGUAAUAAGUUCCGCAUUAAUAUGUGGUAUAUUUUAUUGGAGGAGAGAGCUUCGCGUUUGGAUUUACUACCAUUGCGGAUUUAGAAUGUGCUACAAGAGCACAGCUUUCGAUGAUGAGGCUGAUAAAGAUCGGCUGUUUGAUGCCUACAUUAGUUAUAGUGUCAAAGACGAGGCAUUCGUGGCACAGAUGCUGGCGCCCGGCUUAGAAUCAACUGACCCAAGUUUUCGGCUAUGCCUGCACUAUCGAGAUUUUAAUGCUUCUGCUUAUGUGGCCGAUACGAUAAUUGAAGCCGUAGAAUCAUCGAAAAGGACGAUAAUAGUCCUAUCAAAAAAUUUCAUUAACAACGAAUGGUGCCGUUUCGAAUUUAAGACGGCGCUCCACGAAGUACUAAAAGAGAGACGAAGAAGACUGAUAAUAAUAUUACUAGGCGAGCUGCCGAAUAGAGACAUUGAUCCCGAACUGAGGUUGUGUCUGAAGGCGAACACGUGUAUAGAGUGGGGUGAUAGGCAGUUUUGGCAAAAGUUGAGGUUCGCGAUGCCGGACUUGAGAAAGUGUCAAUAUCACCGGUCGACUGUGAAUAUUUACGCGUCAGUGUCACCGGUGGGGGCAGGGCGGGCGCCGGCGCCGCCCCCGCCCCCGCCGCCGGGCAAGCUGCCCCCUCUGCUGGGCGACGGGCUGGCGCUCUCGGCCAGCGUGCACGCUCGCGAUGCGCACGCACACCGCAUGCCGCCGCACGCGCAGCUUUGGGCGUAGCGUAUGCUUCAGCGCAGUGCAUCCUCGGAGCGCACUGCGUACUCCUGGCUGCCGGACAACAGGCUGGAGUUCAGCUCGCCUUACAGCCGGCGCCGGUCGUCCACAUCCACGGUCUAUGAGAGCGACUGAUGGCACGACACCUUCGACACGCUCGAAGAGGCCCUGCUAUGAUAACGGACACUAAUCACAGUGAAAUUACUAUGGUAUAUUAAUAGAUUUGUGAUUUGUUCAGCCAAUGAAGACAUGUCUUAAUGGAAAGUGAUUUGUUACUGUCUUUAAACUACAAUAGGUACGUUGUAGCGACGAAAGUUGCAUGCUAGAAAAGACUCUGCUUUGACAACGGACGCUUGUAACACUGACUAUUGUAAAUUGACUAAAGUCGUGGUUUUUAGCAAACUUUUAUUUGAUAUCAAAUAUUUUUUUACUACGAGUAUGUCUACAAAACGUUGUAGUAAUAAAACUGGUAUGUUUUAAGAUCUGCUUUAACAACGGACACUUGUGGACACGAAUAUAUACGUUAUAAAUACAAACUAUCUAGAUGAGAGAUGAAUAUUAUUUAAUAUGUUUAAUGUUUAUAAUGAAGUAAAUCUUAAUUAAAAGUGCGUACCUAUAGACUAGGCCUUAAUUAUAUACCGCAAGCAAAAAUACCUAUACACUACGGUUUUGUGGACCUGCGGAGAAUGCCCAGAAAACAAACUAACGUAUUUUUCUAUUUAAUUUAAACAAAAAGUAAAAUCAAGUGCCAUUAGUAGCUCCGAUAUAAACCAGGUAGCCAAAGAUCGUAGUAAUUCGAUUAGGAACUUCCACUGAAAAAGUAAGAAAAAAUGACCACUUUUUAUUAAGAUUUAUGAAGUGUAAGUCUAAUAUGUAAAAAUUAAAUGUGAUGGUUCUACAUCCACCUCAGAUCCUAUUGAAUUAACCAGGGGAGUCUCCCAAGGCUCUAUCCUUGGCCCGAUCCUAUUUAUUUUAUACUCUGCUGACAUCGGCUCACGUAUCACACACUGUAAGUACCACAUCUAUGCGGAUGAUGUUCAAGUGUACAUCUCAUGCAAACCACCUUAUAUUGAUGAUGCUAUAGCUAAACUCAACUCUGAUCUCAGUAAUAUUGCAUCAUGGGCUUCAGAUAACUGCCUGCUACUUAACACGAACAAAACGAAAUAUCUAAUCUUUGAAAGCAAACACCAGUUGGCUGGUUUAACUCCUACUUUGAAAGUCACAUUAUUAGACGAGCCGAUCGAGCAAGUCUAUGAGGCUCGGAACCUGGGUCUUUUGAUGGAUAGUGGCCUUCGCUUUGAGAAGCAUGCUUCUGAUGUAGUAAGGAGGUGUUUUUACAAACUAAAAGUGUUGUACAAAAUUAGACCUUUCAUCAAUGAAAUACUGCGUGUUAGGUUAGUUGAGUCACUUAUUUUAUCAAAAUUAAAUUAUUUGGAUGCGGUAUUUGGACCAAGACUUCUUUGUAAAUCCAAAAGACUUAUACAACGUGUCCAAAACACCUGUGCUCGCUUCUGUUUCUGCAUUCCAUUGCGAGGCCACGUAUCACCUUUCCUUAAUCAGCACAACAUUCUAAAAAUGCACCACCGCCGUAAGCUGCACCUUGCUUCUUUGCUCUUUGGUGUAAUAAACCUUCAGGCUCCUACUUAUUUGUACGAGAAGCUGUCCAUUUCCGUGUCACGCGGGGGUCGGCGAUCUGCGACUCAACUUCUAACUCAUAGACACACAUCAGCAGCCUUCCGCGGCAGUUUUCGUUACGCAGCCACUAAGUGUUGGAACAACAUCCCUCCUCCUAUUAGGAACCUGCAAAGCAUUCACAGUUUUAAAUCAACUUUUAAAAAGUUUAUGCUCGAACACCAAUCAAACGAAGAGUGCCUCAAACUUGAGACUAGCUACAUUUAAGCACCCUUGACGCAUUCCUAGUAUUACUGCUUUUCGUCUCUUCUACAACCGCCACUCAUUUUAACUGUCAUAUUAACUGUAAUUUUAGUCUUAUUACAUAAUAUUGUAGUCAUAAUGUGUUCUCUUAUAAUUUAGUCGUAAUAGUCCAUGGCCCCGACGGAAGACCAGCGCUAGCCUUUAGGCUAGCAUCUGCUGAGUCGGGACCAUUUCGUGACCAUGGUAGUGUUACCUGUUGUUUUAUCUAUAAUUUUUGUCACGAAUAAAAACAUUCUAUUCUAUUCUAUUCUAUUCUAAAAUGUAUUUUUUUUAUAUAGGUACCUACCUUAUCUUAGAGUCGGCGUAGGAGCAUAAGUUCGAUUGGUUGAUAAAUUAAAAUACCUUUUAAAAUAUUUCAAUGUAUGGUGUACAACGGUAAAUGAAAAUAGAUCGUUAUGUUUGCACCUUAUAGGUUGUCAUAAAGUAAAAAUGUAUACAUUGCCUCCCCUUUCGUCCACCACUCAUCACGGUUUGGUGCAUGCUCCCGCUAUUCGCUGCAAAGCAAAAUGUGUCGAGGUAGUCCCGCCAUCUCUCUGUUGGUUAGCUUCUGCCCUGGCUAACCUGCGGUGUCCAUUCGGUAGCGGCUACUACCGGGUAGCCAAUUUCGCCCAACGAUCCGGGUGCACAUGGCAGAUUUAAAUAUGUAAUAAUAUAAGAAAUAGAAUAAAUAAUUACAAAAUAUCAGCACAGGAAAACUAAUAAACACUCAAUUACAUGCUAUGUAUACUAGGUUUAUUAGAUAUUGUGUUGUUUGUGAUAAUAGCUAUCUGUCCUUGAUGGUUCCAUGUAGUACACGAACGCUCUAAGGCCUGUUCGCAUCUUUCUAAGUACACGCUCAUAAAUUCUCUAAUAUUUCUCGCAUUUACUUGGAACCAAGAAGAAGCGUGCAACUUCCUCAUCGUUGCCUAAAAUGAAUAUUUAUGACGGGCAACGAGUAAUGCGCCAUUUAUGGACGAAGUUAGAAUGUAUUCAGUUUAGUUAUCGAACGCAACGGAUUCGGGACUUUGGUGUUUCGGUAUACGGGAGUAUCAUCAGGUAUAUUUAUAUAUAUGUUACUGUAAAAGCCCGAAGUACGGCAAAACCUAGGUUUUACCGGUAAAUCCUAGUUUUUAUCUAUGCCGAUCGGUAAAAGCCCGAAAUGUUAAAUCUUAGUACCUAGUUUACUUCGGGCUUUUACCAACACCGAUAUGGUAAAUCCUAGAUUUUGCCGUACUUCGGAUUUUUACAGUAACAUACAAUACGAACGAAUCAACGGAGGCAAUGCUUGGGUUUCCAAACAAUAAAACCUACAACUACUUACCCCGAUUAUUUCUUAUAGUUUGACAUAUAUAUCCGUGCCAUUUUAGUAUUUAAGGUUAGGAGGUAAAGACUACAACAGCAAAAACCUCUAAAUCAAUAAAUCUAAUAAUCCUUUCAUAUACAUAGACAUGUAAUGCCGGCUGUACACACUCGUCGAGAGCCUCUCGCCGAGAGUCUCAGCACCGCUCCUAUCCAUUAUCCAAUCGGAGAAGCGAGAGACGAGACAUGAAGGGAGGAGCAUGUAAGUACACACACGUUCUCGGCCUGUCUCGGGGUCCCUCGACGAGUGUGUACAUUCCGCAUAUUUACUUAUUCUGAAUACAUGUAUAUCUACUGUGUUACUUUGCUACAGUUACUAUCUACUAUUAGCGUUCUUAAUAAGUCUCCUUAUUUUUAUGUGUCGUAAUUUUGUAGUACCUACUAUAGGUUAUACCCCUAACUUUUAUCUUAACAUGAUGACUUUUGUAAUAUCCUAAGGUAUUGAGUAUAAGACGAAUAAAUGUAAAUUUGUAUGUAAGAGAUGACACCAGCAAUCUUUGUUAUGUUUAUUAGAAACGAAUCGAUUAAAUUAGGUCAUAAGAUCGCUGUGAUUUUUGGUUAAGCUUCCAAUUUAAGUAUAUUUGCCAAUUCUUAGCUGUAAAUAUCUUACUACUUCUCGAUUUAAUUGUAAGAAAUAUUUGUUAAGAUUUAUUUUUUUAAUGUAGAUAGUCCCAGGUUUCAAGACACACGAUUCGAUAGUGUUAUUAGUAAUUAAGUAAUAUACUGUACAAAAUAUUUCUAGUCAUUAUGGGUGUAAAUAUUCUAAAAGUUGUACUUGAAAGAGAAUAAGUACGUGUAUAAAAAAAAACUUAAAUUUGUGUUAAAUAUUUUUCCAUUUCAAUUUAACUGUUGCUGACUGUACAUAGUUUUGAUAAGUGAAAGAAAGUUUGAGAUGAACAUUAACGACCUAGGAGUGAAAAUUGUAAAGAAGAAAAUUAAAGCAACAAUAGGUAGAUUAGUUAGUGCAAGAUUUUACUUCAUUAAUUGCGGAGUAGGUAUUUAAUCAAUUUAAUAUUGGAUACUUCACUGUACUUUCGUAUAUUGUUGCCUAUGUAUUGUUUUUUUUUCAUGCAGACAAUUUUAUCAAUAAUCAGAUUUUUUUUAUUUUAUAUUACAUAUAUAAAAUAAAAAUAUAUGUAGUACUUACCUACAGCUAAAAAAUAUAUCAACGCCCAACGAGAAUACAUUCAUUUAUAUGAACAAUUAUUUAAUUGUAUUGUAUAGGUAUGUUUCACACAAUUGAUUGUUUGAUUGUUAAUAUGCAUAUAAUCACAAUAUUUUUUUAAUAACAGUUAGGUAAUACAUAAGUAUUAACUCACAUUUAUAGACGGGUCUAACGCGAAUCUUAUUCAAUUGCCUUGAUUUACCGAUGUUUCGACACAGGUUUCACUGGUUGUGAAUGUGAGUUAAUAUGUGUUCAAAACGCGAAAGUUUAAAAAGUUAAUACAUAUUUGAAAAAAAGAACCACGUAAAGUACUUUAGUUCCAAACGUUUGUAGAUAAAGCACCAUAUAAGCUGUACAUAUUUGUUAUAAUAAUUUACUACCUAUGUAUACCCAUCUCUUAAAAUUGUUAAGUUACACCUAAAAUGUUUUGGUAACAAGAUUCUGUAUUAAUCAAUUUAAA